AUGAGGAGAUUCCGUGUACCAGAGAAAGACUCAACGCAUUGCUCUAGGGACUCCCUCUUCCGACGCUCAUUCUAUCAACCACUCCAAAAGAAUCCACCGCGAUUGACCAAAGAAGGGUAUAUUCGCGCUCUCCAACUCUACGGAAGAGAAGAUCACCUUCUUGAUUCUCUGAAAAGCUCAGUGGCCCGGUUCAACGAGUGGAGAAAAGACAACCCUGGCGACCUCGCUGAAUAUCGCCGCUACGCUACUGAAAGAGGAUACGAUUGGGAGAACGGGACAGUAGAUAUCAACUCAUACUAUACCUCCUAUAUUGAGAGCACAGAAGUCUCUCAGGGAAACCUUACGACACCUCAAACCGCCGCCACAAGACCCAUUGACUCUCCCCCAAACCAACCGCCCUGGGUCGAAUUUGCACAACCCGACGAAGCUUCUUCCAGUGGAGAAGAUCAAAUGACACCAAGAAAUCCUGAAGGGCGCUUCAUCACAAUGAAGCGACAGCAGGCGGCUACCCCGGCGGCACGAGGGACCGGAGCACGAGGACGGGGGCGCGUUACGCGCUCCCAGGCUACACCAUCAAGACCCGCUUCCUCAAGCACCGGGCGGAAUCGGAGGCAGGCGAUUGUGGUGGAAGAUCAAGAGCGGCCGUAUCUGCUACAAGGCGCUGUUGGCAACAUGGUAUGGAAGGAGGGAGAGGCCGAGGCAAACGCCUCCGGCGUUUCAUACAUCGCCACCGCGGCGAUGAACGCUCUAAGACACAUUGUUCGGAAUGGAGGAACCAUCGAGGGCAGAGAUCUAGAACUUGCGCAGGAACUUGUGGAAUACAUCAACGAGGAUAAUAUGGAACAGUUCCGUAUUCAGCUUGGCAAUGUCGUGCAAGGAGAGACUCCUUCUGGAGGUCUCAGAAACAGCUGGCUGGAAGAAGAGGAGGAGGUGGCGCCUCUUCCUGUCCAACGCAGACUCUUCGGAGAGGCGUCAACUCCGUCCCGAAAGCGACCAUCGAGUCUUCUCCAGGAGCUCCAGGCCGAUGAUGAGUCGGACACUGAGGAUGCUGGCAGAGUUCAAGGGAAUGCUCGCGAGCAAUCUGAAAUGCCGUAUAUCCUAGAAGACUGUUGGGAAGUGGCAGGAGAGAAGAUUCAUGUGUCGGUCCUUUACGCGAAUGGACAAGCUCUGCCUCUCCGAGACACGAACGUCGCUAAGUUACUCGGCAAAUUUCAUGAGGCAGUGAUCAAAGAGGGCAAGAUAAAUGUUACUCUUGCAAAGUCGAUGGGCAUGCUGGGGAUCCCAGCAGUCCUCCGCAUGGACCCCGCGGCGAUAUAUCUCACUGGUGAAGGAGCCGUUAAGGCAUUAGACGCCUCGUCAACAUGCAGCAAGCUGGCCCAGCGAUCGGCCGUAAGAAAAUAG